AUGCCGCUGAAGACAGAGGCUGUCGCCCGUGCGAAUGUCCAGUCGUGUCUUCGUGACGGCGCUCUUGAGUGGUAUACCUCGGAGCUAUCCGAUCUCGAACGUGCUGCACUGCGGACCUUCCCUAUGGACAGCGAGCAUGGGUGGCUCAAGCUCUUGAAGCCAGAUGUCAGGAACGCUAGAUCGGCCACGGCGUGGGCUCAGAGUAUGCUCCGACUUGCUCAAGCCGCGGAAAUCACCGAUCUCAUCCAACAGUUACGUAUGAUCUGGAUGCGUAUCGACCCCUCCCUCCAGCGUGACAUCACGGAGCCGGUAUCCGGUACAACAGUAGCCGCUUUCAUGCAGCAACUUGACCAGCGCUACGGGCAAAUACUUUGCCAUAACAGUUAG